CAGGCUUGUCAGGUGACGUCACCGCGCACGGCGCGUUUUUCAAACAGCCCGGAAGUGAGCGCUUGUUGUGAUGCGGGAGGACUCCGGGCAGGUGCUGUCUCUGCUCUGCGCUCUCAGAACAUUGUAAAAUAUACAAAGAAAAAAAAUGAAUUCCAGAAAUGUUAAUAACAAGUUGGGUCCUAGAGUGGCCCCCCCUAAACCAAAUACUGAUUUGGAAAAACUCAAGAAGGAAAAUGCAAUCUUGAAAAAGAAGUUAGAAGAGUCCGCCAAGUCUCAGCUGUCGGGGGCCGAGAGAAAAAGACUAUUAGAGAAAAUUCUUUACCUGGAAACCCAAAUGGUGAAAGCUGAGGAUGAUAGGGCCAGAGAAGGUGAAGUAAUACAAAAUGUCAGUGAUGCCCUUAAUGCUAGGAAUGAACAAUUCUUCCUGAUAGAGAUGGAAGCCAAGCUACUGGAAGAAAUCUCCACAGAGAUCCGCCAGCGCCUCCCAGAUGUUGUAUCUCGUAAGGUUCAGGAUCCACCCAAGACAGAAAAUAUGGUGAAUGUUCAUAUCCUGGAGGCACAGUUAAAAGAUGCCUUGGAAAAGAACCAGCAGUGGUUGGUGUAUGACCAGCAACGUGAGGCGUAUGUGCAAGGGUUAAUGGCUCGCCUAGCUGAUCUGGAGCAACAAGCUGCCAACACCAUGAAAACUCAACCAGCAAAAGAGAGCAACUUGGAAGAUAAACAGAAAUACUACGACCGGCUUCUGCUGACUGCAAAGAAAGACCUUGAAGGGGAACGGCAAAUAACAGCGCAGUUAAAUUCUGAGCUUUCUGCCAUGAGAAUGAAGUAUGAGGAGAAGAAGAAAGAGCUUGAAAAUGCGUCGGACACCUUAAGAUCCCUUCAAGAAAGUGAAAAGGGGCUGCGGGAGGAUGAUCGUAGACGAUUUAGGGAAAAAAUGCAGAGGUUAAAAGAUGAACUUGAAUUGUAUCGUGAGAAGUACGAAGAGGAAAAGAAGAAAAACUGGGAUCUUUCCAACCAGAUUCAGAGGUGCACUGCUGAUAUAGAAAAUGGAAAGAUCGACCAACAAAAUAUUCAACAACAACUGAAUAGAGUAUGGAAAGAACUGAAAAAAAACAGGGAACAAAUCACCAAGCUGGAGCCAGCGAAACGUGACAUAUACUUUGUUGAAUCUCCCUGCAACUUUGCUUCUGACUUUAAUGACAAGCUGACCCUGCGAGAGGAGCAACCAUCUCCCAAGCAGAAAAAUCUCCUAAAUGAGAGCUUCCUAGAGUGCCCCAGGUGUCAAAAGAUAUACCCUACCAGCCAGCAUCGGGAGCUCCUCGCACACAUAGAUUUCUGCUCCAGCUGAAGACGUCCUACUGUUACAGCCAUACUACCAGCCAACGUAUGGGAAAAGGAGGGAUUUGUCACAUUUACACUCCCUCCUCCUUAUUUCAUACAAUUAUGUGAUUUAUUUUUCUGUGCGUAUUCAUUUAUGCCUGCAGUCCUAAAGAGGUACUCCGCUGCUCAGCGUUUGGAACAAACUGUUCGUCAUAUGCUUGUGACGUCAUAGCCCCGCCCCUCAUGAUGACACACCCCACCUCCUCAAUGCAAGUCUAUGGGAGGGGGCGUGACAGCAGGGGGCAUGACGUCAUGAGGGGGCGGGGCUAUGACAUCAAAAGCUCCCGUCUCCAGCAUUUAAAACAGUUUGUUCCAAACGCUGAGCAGCGGAGUACCACUUUAAGUCUUACAAUAGGUCAUUGGUUUUAAUAUUGUACUGCUGAGAUUUUCCAUCCCUGGUUGGUCAAGAUUAUACAUUUUUGUUAGAUAUAAUUACUAAAUGUAUGGUCCCCACUGGUUGACCUGCCCUGGGGUUAAUUGAACUGACAAAAAUAAGGUUUGGCAGGCAUCUAGCACUAGUAACUAUUAAAGUACUGUAUAACAAUCUAUAGUUGCCAGGCCCUACAGAACAAGUGUUCUCCUCACGUGCACUGAUUUCCGCCUUGCUACCCAUAGAAAUAAUUAUUAUUUUUAAAGAGAAGUGAACUUUUAAAAUGAUCUGUUGGCCUAAUUUAUAAUGCUGCACUUUUAUUUUAUUUUUAUGUACAAUGUACCCUUGAGUUGCUAUAUAUAUUAUUAUUUUUUUCAUUUUCAUGCUGUAUUUGAUACUUGGUGCCAGUAAUAUUCAGUAUAUUAAACUUUUAUGAUGGAGAUACAAAGAGAAAAGGGAUAUAAUAAAGUUUGCA